AUGGAAACAGGAUCGAUAGCGGGCGCUAGUAGAAGGCGGACAGACGGAGGGGUUGGCACUCCGAGCAAUCGGGUCCUUUCUUGCGCAAAUUGCCGCCGGAGGAAGAUACUCUGCAACAAGGAUAUCCCUUGUGCGAAUUGUAUCAAGAACAACGUAACUUGCGUACCUUCCAAGCCGGCACCCUCAAGGCCUAGGCUUAAGUCUACUGCUCGGGAUAUACAGGAGCGCCUUGCCAAAUGUGAAGCAUUGCUUCAAGAACACGUUGCAGUGGAUGACAGCUCCCAAAUUCGUUCAGGACAGGGAGGUACCACCACCAGCAGUAACGACAUCGCGCCAGCCAGCAGCGAAACAAUUGGUGAAUCGGCGAGGACGCAUGCCGAUGGCGAUUUGUGGGUGACUCUCAACGACGAGAUCUGUAAAAUGAAGAACCUUAUGGAACAGGAUCAGCCAGAGGUUGCUUUCAGCGAAGAAAAUGCAUCUGAUGAUUUCACAGGCUAUAAACCCCUGAGGUUCACUAACUGUCCGACCCUCGACCCGAUCACAGCCUUCAAGCUGUGGCAGAUAUAUCUCGAGCGCGUCAAUCCACUGCUCAAGAUAAUACACGCACCCACUGUUCAACCCCUAAUUGUCUCUACAACAGCCGACAUCGAAUCGACUCCGCUGGAUCAACAAGCACUGGUGUAUAGUAUUUUCGGACUGGCUGUAUUGGCACUUAGAAGUGACGAAAUCACAAACAUGCUUGGUGCUGAAAAACAGCGAGACGACUUCCUCCAAGAAUUUCUUACCGCAGUCAGCGUGUCGCUGGCGCAGUUUGGUUCUCCGGGACGGUACAACAUGGUUGUCCUGCAAGCUCAGAUACAUACUUCUAUCAUCCUCAUGGGCCAAUGCAACAAACAUGCUGCCUGGGUCCUGUCAGGUACACUAGUACGAAUCGCUAUGAGCAUGGGCUAUCAUCGUGAUGGCACACAUCUAUCACUCUCGCCAUUUGAAACAGAAAUGCGUCGGCGUAUUUGGUGGCAAAUUGUCUUUUUCGACAUCAAGCUGGGCAUCGACUCUGGUUUAACACACAGCUCCGUGCCUGAGCACUUCGACACCAAAAGCCCUCUCAACCUCAACGAUGCGGACCUGUUCCCCGAUGCCACAGAUCCGCUAGUGCACAAAGAGGGACCUACGGAGAUGGCAUUUGUCAUAGUCAUAAGUCGGGUAUCGGCGUAUUUACUCGACAAGAAGGCUCGUCAGGCCAUGGAGGCGAACAUCUUUGGCCACGGCGGAGACCGUGGAAGCAUAGAUGCUUCCCUCUUGAACCAUAAUCGGCUCCUCGUACAACAGCUUGACGCUGACCUUGUGGACAUUGAAAGAAGGUUUAUUCCAUCCGCUGCAAGUAAAGUCCACGCGGCGGCCCUAGGAAUCCGCCCACACCUUAUCAGACGGCUGCACGACAUGAUGCAUCCUAUGCAAGAAUCACCAGACUGGGGGACUGAUGUCUUGUCUCCUCGUGACAGCCUCUUCAAACUCAUUCUCUCCAGCUGCGAAAACGCGAGCAACUCGUAUGAUUCGAUGGAUCGAUGGGGCUUUGCGUGGUAUAUCCGCUUGCAUUUCAACUUUGAUAUCCUUGCCUCCCUCGCCACUUUCUUAUUUCACAGUCCGGCGAAUUCGUUAGCUAAUCGCGGUUGGGCCGUGCUUGAGUCACUUUACGCUAAGCAUUCCUUGUUGGACACUCACAGGCCGAAUGCCGCAGUCACUCCGUCACAGUUCAUUUUAAAGGCCUUCGGCGAGCGAGAGCGCGUCUUAGCCGAAAUGGGAGAGAUCGUCGAUGUUCCUGAACUCAUUGCCACACUAAGGCAAAUGAAUCAACUGCACACUCUGACUCCUCCAACUUCAACUAACGCGAACCCUUGGACUGCAGUUGAAUGGAUCUCGGGCGACUUUAUGCACGACGACGGCACGCAGCGGUCAGAAGGCUUCAUGCCGCAGGCCGACGCAGGCGAAGGGUUCAGCGAGAGGUAUGAAUUCUGGCCGGGGGCGUUAUGGAAUGCGGAGUGGGGACAAGGCUAUGGGGGAUCGACAUCGGAUUGA